UCGUUCUUUCGCUAUCCGCUUCUGCUAUCGCUCGCUUUGUUUACCACUUGGUGAUAACCCUUGGCAAUCAUCUAGAUCUUCUUGUUACAUGCAGUAGUGCGAGGAGACUGACGUAUACAGCAUGUAAAACCUGGUAAUUGUAUGUAUAAAGGUUAUGGAACCAACGAACAGAGCAAAAAUAUUGCCUAUAAAUCUUCAAGAUUAAAUAUAUGAACAAUAGAAGUUUAACAAUUCCUGCUUGACGACCAAUAUGCUUUGGGUUAAAUAUAUGCAGUUAACGCUCUACUUUUCAACAAGGCUUACAUCUCAUCCAUUCAGAUGUUCUGAAGAAAAGUUAUAUAUGCAAAGAAAGCAAGCAGUUCUCUGAAAAAUUAAAAAUAUAUAUAUUCUAUUGAUUUUUGUAAAAUAUAUAUAAUGCACAAUAUCAGCAUAUCUAAUAGAUGGUUCUGCUUAACUUAAUACGUACUUAUGUUUUAUCAUGAUGAAAACUUUUAAUCCGAUCUAACUUGUGUUACAGAAGAUUUUCUAAAACGCAUGCUUUAGCGAGGCAUAUACGAACACCUGUGAAAGAAAAGCCUAUCCGAGGGUCAUAGAAUUUAAAAUAUUUUCUAACCAAAGGACUCAUAUUUGGAAUAUAUGCAAGUUUACGAAAGAAUUCUGCAAAAUGUGUAGUAAAAUCUUUUCUACGCAGGAAUAUAUAAUACCACAAAUCUCGACGCAUAUUAAAGAGAAACAAUUUGUUUGUAAUGUGUGCGAUAAAAUAUUUUCUCACAAAGGAAAUUUAAAGACACAUUUAAUGACGCAUACGAAAGAGAAACCGUAUGUUUGUGUUUGCAAUAAAGCGUUUUCUUUACUGGGAAAUUUAAAGACUCAUUUCCGAACGCAUACGAAAGAGAAACCGUAUGUUUGUGAGAUUUGUAGUAAAGCUUUUUCUGAGCAAGGAAAAUUAAUGAGACAUUUAAGGACGCAUACCAAAGAGAAACCGUAUGUUUGUGAGUUUUGCAGUAAAACGUUUUCUGAGCUAGGAAAUUUAAAGACACAUUUACUGACUCAUACGAAAGAGAAACCAUAUGUUUGUGAGAUAUGCAGUAAAGCGUUUUCUCUACGGGGACAUUUAAAUAUACAUUUAAAGACGCAUACCAAUGAGAAACCGUAUGUUUGUGAGGUUUGCAAUAAAGCGUUUGCUCUACGAAGACAAUUAAAGAGACAUAUGAAGACGCAUACGAAAGAGAAACCGUAUGUUUGUGAGGUUUGCAGUAAAGCGUUUUCUGAGUUAACAAUUUUAAAGAAUCAUCUUAGCACGCAUACCAAUGAGAAACCGUAUGUUUGUGAGGAUUGCAAUAAAGCGUUUUCUCUACGAGAACAUUUAAAGAGACAUAUGAAGACGCAUACGAAAGAGAAACCGUAUGUUUGUGAAGUUUGCAGUAAAGCGUUUUCUGAGCCAGGAAGUUUAAAGAGACAUUUAAGGACUCAUACCAAAGAGAAACCGUAUGUUUGUGAGUUAUGCAGUAAAACGUUUUCUGAGCUACGAAGUUUAAAGACACAUUUGCUGACUCAUACGGAAGGGAAACCAUAUAUUUGUGAGAUAUGCAAUAAAGCGUUUUCUUUACGAGGAUAUUUAAAGACUCAUACAAAAGAUAAUGUGAAUGCUUGUAAUGUGUGCGAUAAAGUAUUUUCUCAUAAAGGAAAUUUAAAGAGACAUUUAAGAACGCAUACCACAGAGAAACCAUAUAUUUGUGAGGUUUGCAGUAAAACGUUUUCUGAGCCAGGAAGUUUUAAAGAGACAUUUAAGGAUGCAUACCAAAGAGAAACCGUAUGUUUGUGAGACCUGCAGUAAAGCGUUUACUUAGAAAGGAAGUUUAAAAAUUCAUUUAUUGACGCAUACGAAAGAGAAACCAUAUAUUUGUGAUGUUUGCAAUAAAGUGUUUUCUCUACGGGAAUGUUUAAAGACAUUUACUGACGUAUGCGAAAGAGAAACCAUAUGUUUGUGAGACUUGCUGUAAAGGGUUUUCUCAUAAAGUAAAUUUAAAGAAACAUUUGUUGACGCAUACGAAAGAGGAACCGCACUUUUGAAACUUAUGCAAUAAAAUUUUUUCCUGUGGAAACUUUUUUAUAUUAAUAUUUUCUGACGCUUGCGAAACUAAAACUUCUGUGUGUAAUAAAGCAUUUACUGCCAGAGUAAAUUUGCAGUUCCAUUUACGAACCGAUUCUAAAGAGUGGCUGUAGUGUUUAUUGGUUGAAACAUUAUAAGGAGAUGGAGAAAUUUAUUGACGCAUUCAAAAGUAAACUCGCAUGGUUGUAAGGUGUGCAACAAAACGUUUUCUCUGCUAGGAAAUAUGAAAGUGCGUUUAUAGGUUCAUACGAAAUCAAAAUGAGAGCAAUAAAGCCUAUUCUAAAUCGGUAAGUUUAAAGCCACAUUUACUUACGCAUGCAAGGAAACCCUGCAUGUUUGCUAUGCAUGAGGGCAUUUGAUGUUGCACUUACUGACACAUACGAAAGAGAAAUCUUAUAUAUGUGUGUGGAUUUUGGCCUUAAUAUUUAAUUCAAUGACGGCGUAAAAAAAUAACAUUUUUAUUUAAAGGAAACAUUAAGAAUUUUUUUACUGGUUAAUCUAAUACAUAUAUUAAUCUCAGAAAAACAAAAGAAAAUGCAGUUGGCUCGUGCAUCACGUGAUUAAUUUGCGUGCACGAGAAUGCAGCUUAAACUGCGAUGCCAUCUUGAUGAAAGCAGAAUCAUCACAGUACUCCCAUAAACUCUAUGAGUGCUCCGCCCCCCUCUCUUAGUAUAGCAGCCCUCUAAUCUCGUUACCUCUAAUUCCAGUGGUUCUAAUCGACGGCAAUAUCUGGUUACAUAAGGUGGUAGAGUAGAAUUCGUAGAGAACUCAAGAGUCAACGGAGAAGGCUGAAGUACUAAUUGCUUUCAAGAUGGAAUUGCAGCUGAUGGUGGCGAUACGAUUGGUGCAGAUGACUGAUAAGAAUUUUCGAAGAACACAUGCUUCACAUGAUCAAUGCCGAACGUAGAUUCUUUGCCGUUCUGCUCAGUUGUGGAGGUUUUAUUAGUACGUCUGAGUACAUAGUAAGGCCCAUCAUACGGUGCUUACAGGGGUUUCUUAAUGUCGUCGUGGCGCACGAACUCAUGAAUACAAGACUUUAAAACGUGAUGUUUGAACACAUUUUUUUUUUUAUUAUUAUUAUCAUUAGAUGCAACUGAUGCAAGUUUCAGUUGCCCCAUCGCAGUUCGUAAAUUUUGUAAAAAUCCAUGAAGUUCAACGUUAAGUGAAAUGGUCGCAGAAGUUCCGCAGAUCAUUUCAAGAAAGGGUUAGACGAAUCCUGCUGAUGCGCACCGCAGAUCUUACUUCAAUGCCGUUCUGAGUUCAAGUAAAACUAGUGGAAUUUAUUCAAUCCAUUUCGCGGGUGCCUGAGAUCUGAGACUUUGUUUUAAAGAACGAUGAAAUCACUUUAUUUAUUAUUUAUUACAAUUAUUUGCAACUGAUCUCGAGAUCGAAGUAAAAUUUAAAGAAGAAAUUUAGUUGCAUAUAUUAAAAAAAAAUUAUGUAUAUGACAUUUUUUUUAAGAUUUUCUAUAGUCAUUAUUGAUUACGAGUUUAAUGAAGCACACAUAACACCAGUUCAUGUCCCUGCAACUAUAACCUACUGAUUAUUAUUUAAAUAGUGUUUAGUUUAGUUUAGUUAUAUUAACGUCCCGUUUAAAGCAAUACUAGGGCUAUUUUGGGACGGACCUCGUAAUUUUGAACCUCGGUCAGAUGAUGAGGACGACACGUGAGCUGACUCCCGCCUCUCCACACCAGCGGGAGGACAUUUCGUCAUGACGAAAAAACAGAAACACAUACAGUUUGUAAUUACAAAGUUCAGAAAAAAAAGUAAUAAAAUAAGUAAAAAUAAAAAAGAAUUAUAAAACUUUUAACAAAAAAAAAAAAAUGCUAAAAAUAAGGACAGAAAAUAAAAUAAAAAAAAAAGAACAGGCAAAAAAAAAAAAGCCAUGUACAAACAUGAAAGUAAUAGAAAAUGAAUAUGUAUGUGUAUAAUACUACUCUUGGAAAUAGCGUUCUUUAAAUCUGAACAGAUCUUGAUUUUCUUCGAGAUGACGAAUGAUUCUCUGCAUUUUUAUCCCGGAUCUUUGGGAAGAGGCAUCACUACGUAACCAAAUUCGUUCUAGUCCAGACCUUGGCUUGGUCAAUUGAAAAAGGGAAGUCAGUAUACAUUCUGUUGGAUAGUGAAUUGGAGUGGUAUCGAGAUUUCCGCAAGGGCAGAAUGCAUUUAGAAUCAGAUUAAAGCGUUGAAAAUAUGAGGCGAACGGCCCAUGAAAUGUAAAGAAAAGAAUAUACAAAUAAAUCAAAAUGUGAAUAUUUUUAGUGUUCUGUUUACCUUUUCCUAAUGACGUAGAUUUAAGAUGUCAUUUUUUGACUUUCUCAAUCUACACUUGGCCUGGAUUUUUUAAAAUCUUUAUUAGUUUUAGUUGUAUUAAUAUCCCGUUUUAAAGAAACACUAAGGUUGUUUUGGGACGGUCCUUAUAAUUUUCUACCGCGGUCAGAUGGCGAGGACGACGCCUGAGCAGGCUCCCUCCCACCAAAUUUCCACACCACACCAGCGGGAGGACGUUUGACCCAGACGAAUUUAACGUUUACCACAUCACCUUACACAACGGUUCUUCGUUGGAAUCGGUUUUCGAACCUGAAACCCUCCGAUUCCAAAGCCGAGACCUUAUCACCAGGCCACCGCGGCCCAAACUUGACCUGGCAAUUAGACUGAUUUCUUUUAAUUUUCACGAAAGAAAAAACGUACGCCUUUCAUGCGAAUAGUGAAAUGUUUUUUUUUUUUUAUUUACUUACACAAAUUUCGGAAACAUUUACUGACACAUCGAAAAGAGAAAUAAUAUUUUUGCGAUUUAAGUAAUAAAGUAUUUCCUUUACAUAUCUGAAGAGGUUUUUACAAAUGCUUGCCUAAAACUUUGACGUAUUCUGUGAAGCUUUACCUCAGAGGCCCGUUUCAGAAAGCAUUUAACAAUAAAUGUAAAAAGUGAACUAAACGAGUAUGAAUUUUAUGUUGAAUUAUUUUGUCUGAAAGAAAAUUCUUAAAAAAUAUUUACUGAGAAAUUGAAAGGAGAAUCAUUGGGAAUUUGACAUUUUUUAAAGAAUUUUAAACACAUUUUAAACAGGUGCCUUCAUGUCCUAUUUUGCUGGGGCCGUGGUGGCCUGGUGGUAAGGUCUCGGCUUGUGAGCCGUAGGGUUUCAGGUUCGAGACCCGAUUCCACCGGAGAACCGUCGUGUAAGGUUGUCUGUUGCACGUUACAUCCGUCAUGCUAAAUGUCCUCCCGCUGGUGUGGUAUGGCGUGGAGAGGGGGGUGCCAGCUCAGAUGUCCCCGUCUUCUGACCGCGGUUUAAAAUUAGGAGGUCCGUCCCAAAAUAACCCUUCUGUUGCUUUACAACGGGACGUUAAUAUAAGUAAACUAAACCUAUUUUGCUGAACCAUAUUGACACAGCGCCAUUUCACCCAAUGGUUGUGAGUUUUUGAACUUUUUUGACAGAAAAGAAAUUCCUAUGAACUCCUUUAAAUUAUUACCAAGUUAGAUAAUAUUUGGUCCAGUGGUUUUCCCGUUAUGACCAUUUGAAAACGGAAAUUUAAUUAAAACCAACCUGUACUUUUGCAUUGUUACCAAACCAGCAUUACACGCCAUGUUGCUGUAAUACCCCGGGAGUUUCUUCGCUUUACCAUUGAAAACAUUAUCAAGCGCUUUCAACUCCUAAUUGAUGUCAAUGGUACACAUGCUGAAAACAUUCUGUAAUUGAAUAAAUUUUAAUUAUUGUGA